ACCCAAAACAUUGAGGUAGAACAACUGAAGAACCAACAAGAGGGGUAUUGAGAUUGAGAUUCAAGUAAUGGGGAAGAGCAAGGUUCUUGUGGUGGGGGGAACUGGGUACAUAGGGAGGAGGAUAGUGAGGGCAAGCCUGGCACUGGGCCAUGAGACCUAUGUGGUUCAGAGGCCAGAGUUGAGCCUCCAGAUAGAGAAGCUGCAGAGGCUCCUCUCCUUCAAGAAGCAAGGUGCUCAUCUCAUUGAGGCCUCUUUCAAUGAUCACAAGAGCCUUGUUGAUGCUGUGAAGCAGGUUGAUGUUGUCAUCAGUGCCAUCUCUGGUGUUCACAUCAGGAGCCACAGCAUCACUCUGCAACUCAAACUUGUUGAGGCCAUCAAAGAAGCUGGGAACGUUAAGCGUUUCUUGCCUUCUGAAUUUGGCCUAGACCCAGCAAGGAUGGGGCAUGCAUUAGAACCAGGAAGGGUAACAUUUGAAGACAAAAUGGCUGUAAGGAAAGCAAUAGAGGAAGCUAAUAUCCCUUUCACUUACAUCUCCGCAAACCUCUUUGCUGGAUACUUUGCUGGCAGCCUCUCUCAGAUGGGGUCUUUUGUGCCACCAAGGGACAAGGUGCAUCUCUUUGGAGAUGGCACACUCAAAGCUAUUUUUCUGGAUGAAGAUGAUGUUGCAACAUAUACAAUCAAGGCAAUAGAUGAUCCACGAACCCUUAACAAAACAUUGUACCUAAGGCCUCCAGAAAAUAUUAUCUCUCAAGCAGAGCUUAUUGGAAUUUGGGAGAAACUUAUUGGAAAGGAACUAGAGAAGACAUACAUACCUCCAGAAGGCUUUCUUACAACACUGAAAGGGUUGGAUUAUAAACUUCAAGUAGGGAUUGGACACUUUUAUCAUAUAUUCUACGAGGGAUGUUUAGCAAAUUUUGAAAUUGGAGAGGAAGGAGAAGAAGCAUCCAAGCUUUACCCUGAAGUGAAUUACACACGCAUGGACGAGUACCUAAAAAUUUAUGUGUAAAAGGAACUCAUUCAGUAGGAGUUCAGUGAUUCAAACAGGAACACGGUUUUUAGCUACAAUAACCUUAAUUUAAGGAGAUGAUUUUGUGAUUAUAAUUCGAUGGGGAAACUGGAUUUUUCGGAUCUUGAAAUGUGAACGAGUUUAACUUUAUCAUUAAUUUAAGCUCUGUUGUUUUUGAAAGGGUACGGAGACUUUACUUAUAAUUCGAUAUUGUCCUCAUCCAAGAAGACGUUGAGAAA